GAAGGUUGAAACCAAGGGAAAAAUGUGUCAUUCUUCCCUAGAUUUGAUCUAGUUUGUGAGCCAAUACAAAUCUUAAAGAGUCGAACAAUCUACCAAAACGCUCGUCUGCAUUGAACUAAUUCAUUACGAACUACCAGAAGGUAUAACAGCCGCAACAGGUGCCGCACAAAGAAGAACAGUAACACUGUAGUUUGAGAAUGGUGGUUCAACAAGUACAGAAGCCUUGUCUUUCAUGCAUCGUAACCUUGGCGAGGAAGAGAAAAAGAUGAUUACGACAAACGCCUCAGUCCAUACAGAAAUAACGGGUCCAUCAAUCAUCUCACGGGCGCUACUACGAUGACGGUAGACAACAAAGCAAGUGGCUUUAAUGGAGCGGAGCUGGCUGUUAACCUAACCUUUUCUACAACAGAGUUGUUUCUUAUUCAUUGGAUUCCAUUUCAUUUACGUGAAAACUAUGGUGGUUUAGCCCGAGUAAUAUAAGAAAAUGUUUAGAUCUUCAUCAGUCAUUCGCUAUGGCUUAUUGUUACUAUUAACACUGCAGAAUACUGCGACAAUACUCUGUUUACGGGCUUCGAUGAUCAACGCGGCUACGUCUAAAAAUAAGUACGUCGUAUCAACAUUGGUACUUACAAUGGAAGUAAUAAAACUCUUGCUGAUUCUCACUCUCCUCAUGACGGUGCAGCUGAAAUUUUCCAUACGAAAAACAGUCCAGCUGCUCUAUGACGAAAUAGUAUGCCGACCGUUUGACACGGUUCACCUGGCAUUGCCAAGCUUGUUGUAUGUCGUGCAAGACAAUUUAAUUAUUUAUUCAUUAUCUUGUCUCGACGCAGCCACAUAUCAAGUCACUUAUCAAGCGAGAAUCGUGACGACGGCGUUGUUUGCAAGGAUAUUGCUGAAACAAAAAUUGCCAGUGAAAAGAUGGAUUUCUCUCUUCUUAUUAAUGAUAGGGGUGAUUUUGACUCAACUUAAUGUCAACGAAGAAAGUGGUGGCUUCAGUUUCCGUUCGCAAAGAGAAGGAACAGUUUACGUCUUUGGACUUAUAGCGAUUAGCUGCGCUACGCUGACCAGCGGUUUCGCCGGGGUUUAUAACGAGAAACUUAUCAAAAAUGGAAAGCAAUCGUCUUUGUUAAUAAGAAGCAUUCAAUUAAGUUUGUUUUCUGUUCUUUUUGCCUCGUUAGGCGUUUUAAUGAAAGAUGGUAGUACGGUUAUCAAUCAAGGCUAUUUUCAUGGAUAUAGUCCUUUUGUGUGGUUGAUAGCAACUAUGCAGGCAUCAGGAGGAAUAAUAGUUGCUGGCAUUAUGAAGUACGCAGAUAAUAUUUUAAAAACAUUUGCAACUUCGAAUUCAAUAGUUUUAUCCUGUAUUCUUUCUUAUAUCUUACUGGAUGAUUUUAAUGUAACGCCGAUAUUUAUUGUCGGAACUUUAUUCAUCGUAUUAGCUACGUUUUUGUAUACGACCGCUAUAGAAAAGCGAAGUCUACAGCUAGAGUUGACAGUUUUGCAUCCAUGGGGAUCACCGAAAAUUUUAUGAAACAUUUAUUUAUGU